UGAGAGCACGCCUUUGAUUUAGCGCAAUGAGAGAAGAAACUAAAGCACGACACGCACUAAUACUAAAUAUGAUACAUGCCAUUAAUGAAAAAGACAAGAGUGCAGAGGAAAGUUGACCACAGUUGUCAGCCCCUUCCUGUCUUACAGCUCAGGAAGUUGAGGCCAAAGCUGCCACAUUGAGAUAUUUUCCCCUGAUUCAGUCCUGCUUGACUAAACAGGGGGAAGAACCAGGCAGAGAGAAGGCGGGAUUUGGGUAAAGCCGAGACGAGAGCAAACACAAAAGGAGAAGGAAGUGACUGAGUACACUCCAACAGUCCAUUGAGAAGUUAUGAUGGAAGCCAGCGUUGAUUCUCAGGAAACAGGGCAAACUCCCACUCUGACAGCAGCAGCAGCAGCAGCAGCACACAACACUUGUUCCAAGCCGUGUCGGCCCAGGCCUCCCGCCCCCGCGGUCAAGUCCUCCCAAAUCCCUUCCCGACCUCCUCUCCCUCCGCCCACUUUGAUGUGUAAAGCCGCCGCCCCGCCCGUUCCAUCUCUCCCACCGCCUCUCUCGCCGACCCCACGCACCGUGUCUCCUUUGCUUCUCCUGGAGAGUUCCAUCAAAGCUGAGCGUGCUCCCUGCUUAGCUCCUCUUCCCUCAGCCCCAGCCCAUGCAGCGUCAGCCUCCUUCCCCUCGGCCCUGCCUUCUCCCCCUGACAUCUUACCAGUCUCGCCGACGCUGAGCCUUAUAGAUCUCUUGUGGGGAGCCACAUCUGUGUGGCUUACCAAAGGACUUAGCCAAGAACAAAUCAGCAGGAUCCUGCGAGAGGAGGCUGCAGGGGUCUUUUUGGUUCAGAGCUCAGAGGAGCAACGUAUGACGCUGUCGCUGCGCCUGCCCGAUGAGCAGGAAGUCGUGCCCAUCCGCGACCUGGAGGUCAAACAGCACAAGACGUUUCUUCACUUAGAUGGUUCGGCUCUGCUCUUUGAUGACAUCUACAAACUCGUCUCCUUCUACUGUGUCAGCAGGGACAUCCUGGCUGCGCCACUCAAACUCCCGCAAGGCAUUUCAAUGGCAAACGGAGAAGAGGAGCUGGAGAUCAUCUCUGCUAUGGGUGCAGACUUUUGGACAUCAGCUAUGAACCAGAAGACAACAAAGCAGAAUCUUCUGGAUCCCAACACGGUUCAUUUGUAUAUCAACCCCAUCGCUCUGGCAGAGACACCAAAAGCAAGCAGCCAAAAGAAAUACAUCAACAACCCCGAAAAAACAUCAUCUCCUACUUGCUCAUGGAGAAUCCAAUCAGAAGGAAAAGACAGAAGUCACGAGUCAGGUAAGACCACCUCAAAGCAGGACACCAAAUUCAGCGUGCCCCCUCCCAGGCCCCCCAGUCUGGGACCAUCGGGCUCCGGGACGGGCCUGCUCUUCUCCACGGACAAAAGCUCGUUUGCAGCUGAAAGGCUGGGGCCGGGGGACAAAGAAGACAGGAAGACAGCGCUGACAUCACCUCCUCCAUCGAGACCUCCCGUGCCCUCCCUGCGUCCUGCUCCUCUGCGCCGCGCUUCCUCCGGGAAUAGUACGGACGCUGGCGACAAGGGCCGAAAAGGACGACGAGAGGAAGAGAAAACGUGCGCCGUGGCCCAGGGCGGAGAACUGUCAAACACGCCAGGUGGAGAAAGCCAGGACAAAGAAGAGGACAAACGGGACAUUUUAGCCAAGAGACCCGCUCGACCCGUACCUCAGCCAAGGAAGAAAGCGCCCUCGCCUGACAAUAGUGCCGCAAAAAGUAGGCCCCCCUCCCCGUCGCAGAGGCCUGAAGUGUCACUGUACUCUCCUCAAGGGGGCGCCGUGCUCGGAGCAGAUGCGAUGUCCUGCUCUAACAGCAGCACUGAAGAAAAGAGGAGGAGGAGGAGUGAGGAGGAGGAGGAGGGGAGGCAAACCAGGAGCAAGAUCAAAACCAUAAACACAUUGGAAAGUAAGCUGUCCGAAAAUGGUGGCAGCAAAAUGACGCGGAAACCGACCACCGUCAUGUUGGGCAAAGCUCGUUCCCGCCUGUCUACUGUUAUUACCGCCUCAUCAGUCACGACCGUCGCCCUUCUCGCGACGCUCGUGGAGCUGGCUCGAGACCCGCUCAGCUAUUUUGGCAACCGGGUGAAAGACCACCCGUUCACCCUCGAGACCAUGUCCAAGCACUCCACCUCCACUGAGCUCUUGCAAGAGAUCAGGCAGAUGAUGACUCAGUUGAAGAGUUACCUGCUGCAAAGUACCGAACUGCAGGCCAUGAUGGAGCCGCAAAGGCUGAUUUGUGACCCCGCAGAGAGCAUCGUGGAAGCGGCUCUAUGUAAGAGUGUACUGAAGCCACUGAGGGAGCCCGUUUACGGCAGUCUGAAGAAGCUGCACACCGACAAUGGCAGUCUUAAGCAGCUGGCACACAACCAGUCUGCAGUUCUGGGCAGUACCACCACAGCUUUGGGAGUCACCACUGCCGUCCCAGAGGCCCCGGCGAUGGAGAAGAUUAGCGUCAAACUCAGUAAUCUGCAUCUUGAAUACUCUCCUCCAAAGAAGAUCGAGUUACUGCUGAAGGCCUGUAAAAUCAUCUAUGACUCCAUGUCUGUCAGCUCUCCAGGGCGGGCCCACGGAGCUGAUGACUUCCUGCCUGUAAUGAUCUAUGUCCUGGCUAGAUCUAAUCUGUCCGAUUUAGUGCUGGACGUGGAAUACAUGAUGGAGUUGAUGGACCCCACGCUAACAAUAGGAGAAGGCUCCUAUUAUUUGACCACCACGUACGGCGCUCUGGAGCACAUUAAGACUUUUGACCAGCACAAGUCAGCACCGCGUCAGUUGAGUCGGGAGAUUCAGGACUCCAUCCAGCGCUGGGAGAGACGACGCACACUCAACCAGGAAUGUUUGGAGCAAAGAUGUGUUCAGGAAUUCUUGACAGUGUGCUGUCCUGACAUUGGAAGUAACCCCAAAACGUUUGGCAUCCUUCCCACCAGCACAAUCCAAGAGCUGACUGAACAAUGUGACGCACGUUUCGAUCGAGAUUCCCACAUGCUCAGCAUCUACGCGGACGGGCUUCGUCGGCCCCUGGCACCUACCGACUUGGCACUGAGUGUGAAGAACAAAUGUCAACCAGGAGCAUAUUGCUUCCUCUAUCACCCCGCGGACUAUCCAUCGCCAGUCCAGCAGGCCUCCUGGGUCGGGCGCGCCUGCCCCGCCGUCCCGCCUCCGAGACCACCGCAAAGCGCGCUCCAAAACAUUUCCGACACUGAAAAUUCAGAAGAAGAGGCUUGUCUGAUUAGCUGGUGAUUGCUUCAAUAGCAGCUACUGUUGGUGGUGAAAGAUGGAAAAUUUGGUUCCACCUGCUGCCUGGAAGAAAUUUGUCUGUCAUGAUCCAUUCCCGCCGCUCUUUUAGGAAUAACAUAAGCUAUGGAUGAGUCUUCAUUUUCAAUUCGCUACGGUUUGGCGAUUGCAGACAAAAGGCCCUCGAAAGGGAAAGCCGUGCGGAAAUUUGGCGCCGCCGUAUCGUGCGUGGCUCAUUAUUCAAGUCCGUGGCCAAGCAAGCAUUCCAAACGACAAAAGUUCCUGAAAAGCAAAUGAUUUGGUCAAAGAUGGACGUUUGUCUUGAGUCAGCCAGCCCCCUGUCCGUGCAAUGCUCAAAGAUAGGAGUAGUCGUCUGUGAGAAAUGAUCGAGAGAUGGGGUCCGGAACUCCUUUUUGUAAAAGCUGCAAUGCAAGCUUAUUGGUUUUGUCCACGUCGUUGAUGUUUCAUCCGGCUGACACUGCAUUUGGGGGAUCAUCUCCAAAGACAAUAAACAUUGAAAAAAAGGAGAACAA